AAUAGGGAUAGACAUUCACAAGUCGAUCUUCGCUCACCAUCCCAGCUUCCGACAGCAGGUUUCUGGUAUGCCCUCAUCAAGGCAAUGGCUGAGGCACAUGAUACGCUUGACAGCGCGCGCGCGCUGGCUCUGCUCCGCGCGCACGAUCACAAGCCAUUCGCCCUGCUAUUCGCGGCCGACCCCUCGAAACAAAACCCGAGUCCGAUUGAUCUCGUGCUGAGCUACGUCCGGGCGAGCUACAACGACUGCCUGCCGCAAGUCCGAGACGGCGAUCCGAACCCACCGGAGUCCGAUCUCGACCUCGAGGUCUACGCAGCCUACUUCAGCGCGUGCCCGGAGCCGCUGCUCUCCGUCCUGCUCGACCGCAUCAUCGGGGGUAUCAACCCACGUGCGCUCCGUGCCUACCGGGCCCACAACUUCGCAACUCUGCUCGACACCGCGCCGUACCUCCGACCACGCUUUCCAUCUACCCAGGAUCCCGCGAAUGGCUUCCACGGCCGAAUCUCGACGAUUAACCAGCACCCUGCGUCGCCGUACCUGUUCUUCGCGUUGCGUCUCGCGACAUGGAGUGCGGCUGCGCGCGCAGGACUUGUCAAGCGCGGUGUUGUGCAGACCAUCGAAGCACUCUACGAUAUGCCGGACGAGAUCGUCAUCGAGACUGACUAUGGCGAGCAGGUGGUGUCUUCGAUCAGCCAGCACAUCAUGCUCCAGCUGUGCUACCUCCUGCUUGGCUCGCUCUCAGACUGCUACGACCCGAGCGGGAGCACCUUGAUGGAGGAGCUGCGAGCCGACAUCGUGAGCUACUCGCGGUCCAUGCUUCGACGCCUUUUCGCGCCAGGACGGGAGACCCGUGACGACUAGUCUGACCUCGCAUUUAUUUUGCUGCAUUCUUCGAAGACUCGUUAUUUACAACUUUACACGCAUACCCAUAGGUACUCACCUUUCAACGCUUAGUCGCCUCGAAGCCUGAAUGGCGAACUUUAUAUGUAUACCAUUACCCUGACUAUCCCGAUCUUUUGUUCCUCUCCACUUCUCCCGCUCAGUCCACCAUCUACUGCGCUUUAG